GAGGUGGAAGGAAGCGCGAUGUUUGUCUUCCCCAGUGGUCUGGAUGAGGGGAGCUCGCCCCCUGGUGGGAAGCGCCGCUCUUUGAAAUCUGCUUUCCAAGUAAAGGAGUGGUUCUUCUCUAGUGGUUUCCGUCGGGGGUCACUUGAGCUAUGUUGUUGCCUCACGGAGGCCCACUUUAUGUGGAAAGCGGGGUGGGAGGACGGAGGACGGAAGGCGGGGUGUGGGUGGGACUCAGGAGACGUGAUGGGAGGGGCGGAUGGUGAAUGAGGAAGAAGCGGGCAGCAAGGACCGGUCAUGGGGAAAUACCUUAUUUUACAGUGCCUAGGAAAUAUCCCCGGGUCAUAAGUCUCAGGUGCGUGUGGGCAAGCAUGUGACCGUGACUUGUUCUGGAGGAGACCAAGUAUUCCUGCAAGUCUUUGAGUUACAUUUUCUGGAACCACUGUUCUCGGCAGCCCUGUACCCCUCACGCUUUAAACUACCUCCCGGGAGAGCACCCUAACAGUAAAAUACAUAUGCGGGUGUAGUAUCAGUAGUGUGUGCUUCAUGAGUGCAAGACCGGAUAACGACAAGCGUAGUUCCAGCUGUAAUUCUCCCUCCCAUUGGCGCUUUUUUCAGCUUUUCACCUGAACAGGAGAUGAAUGUCUCCCUCUGUUGAUAAAUAAAAUCGCAGAAUAUCCCCUUGUUGUCCGUCACUCGGAAGUUUCAUUGUUGGGCCUGCUUGCUUGUCUUGUAGAUGUGUGGUUGGUGACCUUCUCUCCCGAUGCUGAGGUGCCUGGGUCCCUGGCGCAGGCAGUUGCUGAGCUGCAGCUGGAGUGCACUGUGCCUUCUGAAGCACUCUCUGUUUACAAUGAAGUUGCAGUCUCCAGAGUUCCAGUCACUUUUCACAGAAGGCUUGAAGAGUCUGACAGAGUUAUUUGUCAAAGAAAAUCAUGAAUUAAGAAUAGCAGGAGGAGCAGUGAGGGAUUUAUUAAGUGGCGUAAAGCCGCAGGAUGUGGAUUUUGCUACCACUGCUACCCCUGCUCAAAUGAGGGAGCUGUUUCAGUCGGUCGGCAUUCGUAUGAUCAACAACAAAGGAGAAAAGCAUGGGACGAUCACUGCCAGGCUUCAUGAAGAAAAUUUUGAAAUUACUACACUACGGAUUGACGUUGCCACUGAUGGAAGACAUGCUGAGGUCGAAUUCACAACUGACUGGCAGAAAGAUGCUGAACGCAGAGAUCUCACUAUAAAUUCUAUGUUUUUAGGUUUCGAUGGUACUUUAUUUGACUACUUUAAUGGUUAUGAAGAUUUAAAAAAUAAGAAAGUUAGAUUUGUUGGACAAGCUAAACAGAGGAUACAAGAAGAUUAUCUUCGAAUUUUAAGAUAUUUCAGGUUUUAUGGGAAAAUCGUAGAUACACCUGGUGACCACGAUCCUGAGACUUUGGAAGCAAUUGCAGAAAAUGCAAAAGGCUUGGCUGGAAUAUCAGGAGAGAGGAUUUGGGUGGAACUGAAAAAAAUUCUUACUAGUAACCACGUAAAUCAUUUGAUUCACCUCAUCUAUGAUCUUGAUGUGGCUCCUUACAUAGGCUUACCUGCUAAUGCAAGUUUAGAAGAAUUUAACAAAGUCAGUAAAAAUGUUGAAGGUUUUUCCCCAAAGCCAAUGACUCUCUUGACCUCACUGUUCAAAGUACAGGAUGAUGUCACCAAAUUGGAUCUGAGGUUGAAGAUUUCAAAAGAAGAGAAGAAUCUUGGUUUAUUUAUAGUUAAAAACAGGAAAGAUUUAAUUAAAGCAACAGAUAGUUCAGAACCUUUGAAACCCUAUCAAGACUUCAUUAUAGAUUCUAGAGACUCUGAUGCAACUGCUCGUGUGUGUGAACUCCUCAAGUACCAAGGAGAGCACGGUCUUCUGAAGGACAUGCAGCAGUGGUCCAUUCCUCCAUUUCCUGUAAGUGGCCAUGACAUCAGAAAAGUGGGCAUUUGUUCCGGAAAAGAAAUUGGGGCUCUUUUACAGCAGUUGCGAGAACAGUGGAAGAAAAGUGGUUACCAAAUGGAAAAAGAUGAACUGCUAAGUUACAUAAAGAAGACCUAAAAUUGAUGAGAGCUGGCUACUAAAAAAGCAGAAACGCUUUGGUAAGACUAGUUUUUUCCCGUCCCCCCACUUAGUGAGAUUGAAGAGACUGAAAUAAAAGCCAGCUUAGGGGAUCUCUUCAGAAGAAUAAAGGUCUUAUUCUGUGAAACAUAAUUAUAUUUCAGGUACUAAAGGAAAGUCUACCUCCUCUUAAUCUGAUUUAUAUCACUGAACCUUGUAAUUCUUUUGGAAUAGUUCCUACUGAGGGAAAAAAUAGUUGGCUUCGCUUGAUCUGUCUAGGUUUUUUUUAAAAAGCGGGUUUUUUGGUUUGUUUUUGCAUAGGGCAGUAAGUACUCAGAUUAAUCCUAACACGUGGUAACUGUCUUGAAAAAGAUGUUUCUUAGUAUUUGCAGUAGAAAUACCUGGUUUAAUUUU